UGCUGUGGUAGAUGUUUUUAGUCGCCAUCGAAUAGCCUACAGAAGAGAUGGGUCACACUGGCAACGACACCGUGUUAAUGUGGGACAUGUUCUAUCUGACCAAUCCUCGACGGUACAUGUACGAUGACCUUAAACGCGUACCGCUCAUAUACGUUCAGGCGUGGCCUUAUUUUAUGGUCCUUUUAGCAAUAGAAAACGUUUUGCGAGCGUGGCAGAAAAAAGACGUGAUCCGAUUGAACGACAGCAUCACUUCAAUGAGCCAUGCCAUCUUGCAGGAAUGUGCCAAGUUGCUUUACCGAGGAUCGGAACAAUGUCUGUAUAUUUGGGUAUACGACAACUAUAGGAUAUUGGCUCUGCCCUGGGAUUCGGUGCUGUUUUGGUAUUGUGCCGCCGUAAUAGUGGACUUUUGUUACUACUGGAUGCACAGGGCCAGCCACGAAAUCCAUAUAUUUUGGGCACAACAUCAGGUGCAUCAUAGCUCAGAAGAUUUCAACGUGGCCGUGGGCGUCCGACAGUCGGUGUUCCAGUAUUUGGUCGGAGUCUUGUUCUAUGCACCUCUUGCCCUGGUCGUUCCCCCAGUUUUAUUACUCGUCCACCAGCAACUCGGUCUUCUCUACCAAGUGUGGAUUCAUACGGAGACCAUACCUACCCUGGGACCAUUGGAAUACGUUUUAAACACUCCGGCACACCACAGGGUGCAUCACGGGAGCAACCUGCGUUGUUUGGACAAAAACUACGGCGGCGUUUUGAUAAUAUGGGACCGCAUUUUCGGUACGUUUCAAGAGGUCGACCCGAAAACGCACAUCAACUAUGGUCUGGUGUACCAAAAGAGUAGUUACAACCCCGUGUACUUGCAGAUAUUUUACAACUACAAUGUAUACAACAAGUGGAACCUAAUGAAAGACUGGCGAGACAAACUGAGAUCGGUGGUCAGAGGACCCAGCUGGACGCCGGGACUCUCGUGGACGGGCAAAGACAGUAAACACCGUGCCUGCGUCAGAAAACGGAGGAAAAAAUACGACGUGAAAAUUUCGCUGACGCUCAAGAUUUAUUUAUUAGUCCAUUUCGUCGCAGCGGCCAACGGGUACUUUAUCUUGGCCAAUAUACCACGUACGGCAAUCAGCACCCAGUGUAUGCUGGUAGUGGUGUUUUACAUUACCUGGUCGUUGACGAGCAUAGGCAUGUUAUUCGAGAAGUCUCAAUGGGCUCGGUUCGUCGAACUGGCCAAAUGUCUAACGCUGUUCGUUCAUCUCACAUGCUCGGAUCAAUCGCACUUGAAGCCAUUGGACGAGUCUGCCUUGCAAGGAUAUCGAAUUCUGUCGGGUUCAUCUUCUAUAAUUUGGUCUGUAGCCAUAUUGGUGGACUGAAUCGGCCAUUAUUAACAGGUAGUAAAGAGGUAUAAUAUAGACACACCGCGAAAAGGGUAAACGAUAAAUUUACUAAAACCCUUAUAAUAUAUUAUAAUCGAAAUUAGUUAAUUCAUUUUGGCACCUAGAAACGAUUGGAUAAUUAUCUUGUACGAAUAAAAUACAUUUUUCAGAUUUAAUAUUACAUCUCAAAUGUUUAUACAUACAUAUACGUUUAAAUUGUUAUAAAGAAUUAAUAACCACUAAUUAACAGUUUUGCUAAGCAAGGAGGUUCUCUAUGAAAAACAAAUUAUUAUAGGUGAAAAUAAUACAUUAUAGUUAUAUUUAGUUGUAAUAGAAAAUAACUUUAAAGAUUGUUUUUUUAGUAGACAAUCUGAAAUUGUAUAACAAUUUUAUUUUGUAAUGAAGAGCUAAUUAGUUUUUUUUAUUAGAGCACUACUGGAAGCUCCUAAUCCUGUCCAAACGCCAGAACUAUUACUGAUGUAAAUCAAUACUAACACACGUGAUUACCGUACAAAUUAUGUGUUAUUGUUAAGUUAACAAUAUUAUUAAAUUGUUAAGUUUUACCGUGCCUUCACGUUUUUAAAACAAUUACUAUAGAUUAUAACUUAUAAUGUAUUAUGUUUAGUUUUUUUGUUUUUAUUUGUAUACACUUUAUUUUAUAUAAACCUCAUAUUAUGUUAAAUCAAUCUAAUAUUAUGUCCUAACUAUUUAUACAUGUCUUCGGUACUGUUUUCGGACGGUCCGAAUUCUUCUCGGUCUAACGAGUUUAUUAAAUCCGCGUUUUGGUCACGAACUGAAAGCAAAGAGAAAAUGAUUACUUUUAUUUUUGCGUUAAAAUUAUUCAUUUUUGAACAUGUGGUCUGAAUAGUAUUUUAAGCGCAUUAUUUUAACCAUGUGACCUAUUUGUUGAACAUGUUUUUAACUUUAAUUUGAAACAAAAUUUUUUGAAUAGGGUUUUUCAGUUAACGUCUUAGUCGCCUGUUAAUUUUAUUCUAUUAAAUAUCUUUUGAUGUCUAAUUUCAUAAUUCAAAGUACUAAUCUAUCUUAUGAUGAGUUUAGGGCGUAAAACCCCCUAUUUAUUAAGGAGUAAGUUUUUGAUAAACUUUACAUAUUAAACUAAAUUUUGUUUCAAAAGAGUAUGUAAUAUAUUUUUCAACAUUUAUAAAUUAUAACAAAACCAUACCAAAACAAGUUUAGGUGGAUGCACUUUUCUGUGAAGCCGAGAAGUUUACAGAGCAUAUUAACCAAGGAAAUAAUGUUUUUUUUUGUUGUGCUUUUUUAUUUUCAAAGAUAUAAUUAUUUGAAAAAUGAAAAAUUCUGUCUUAUCUAAAUUAUACAUAAACUAGGUCUCUAGUAACAUUGUCAAAAACCUUAUUAAAAUUUUAAAUGUAGAUAAACUAUUAAUUUUUAAUUUUAUUUAUUAGUAAAUGUGUUUAGAAAGGCAUAUUUUACGCCCCGAAAAAAAGUCGUUUGUGUGAGUUCAUCUACGUUGUUUAUUAAGGGGAUUCGAUAGCGGCCGUUUUUUCAGUCAAAACACAUCAUCUUUUGUCUAACGCACAGGUCGAACUAGUUUUUCAAUAAGUAAUUUGUAUUCGUCAUGAAGUUCACUUGAGAUCCUACAAGGCACUUUUUUAAUUUUGAAAUUUAUCCCUUUACAAUUUGAUUUUAAAAUUGUAUAAAAUGUUCAAACGUUUCUUAUUCAUAGUAAGAAAAAUAUAUCAAAAAAGUACUUUGUAGGAUCACAAGUAAACUUCAUAACGAAUUCAAAUCUGUUUUCAGAUUACUUAAUCGGGUCACUGGUUCAUAGACAAAAUUAUUUAAUUUAAAAAUAAUACCAUGAAGCUUAAACAAAUUAAUUGACAUGGUCGAAAUUUAUUAAAACCACUUUUUCCUAAAUAUUGCUUAUACAAAACUCCUUAAAAAUGGUCGGUAUCGAAUCCCCUUUUUAAAAAAAAUUGUAUUUUUAUUUUGUUUAGUAAUACUUUGUUUGAAUUGUAUCAUUUUUUAUUAGAACGUCGACCAGUUUUUAGUCUAAAAAAGAAAAAGUGGAAAGUCCGUUGAGGAAUAAUUCAAAGAAUUUUGCAAAAUACUUACUCUUAGAUAUGUGAUGGGGGGAUGAGUAUUAUUUUGUAGUUUCGGGUGUUUUGAAUUUUGCUUUUAGCUAUCGCGUUCUUUUAAAAGUUUAAAGCGAUUCUAAGGAUAAACAAUAAAGCUAUAGUAUACCAUCUACGACGGACGACGGACCUACCACGACGACUUAAUUUCAAGGGAUUUUGCCUCCUUAUAGAAAGCGGAUAUACUUCCCGUACAAACUGCUUAACUUAUGUACGUAUAGUAUAACAAUAAUAACAUACAAUAUUAUGCACGAUUUCGGGAAUAAUGUUUAUUCGGGAUACAACUUCAUUCUCAGGCUUGUUACUGCCAGCGUCAACUGCCGAUACGUUUGUCUCGUUCAUCCCGUGGGAACAAUUUAUUCAAGUGCCAGUUCAUGAACAAUUCGCACGACAAACUUUAUGCCCACCUCGACCCGCUUAGUACCAAUAACAAAGGGGACGCCCUUGUGAGCCGCUAAACUUUGCACUUACUCUCCAUUAUUCUUAAACACCCUUCCAUAUGACAUCAAGAACACAUUUCGGAAUUUCUGUACGGGGUUCAUGCAUAAUUUAUUAUUUCCAGACGUACCGCAUAAUAACAAUAUACUACUGGAAUGCGUUUGACAUAAAACCGUAGUAUCUAUUUUAUUACAAAGAUAAUGUGUAGUGUGAACAGCAAUAACGUUGGAGGUGUUAAUUUAAAAACUAAGGGCGCUUAUUUUUGCUGAGCUUAAUGUAGGGACACGUAUCCCUACAAUGAUAAAAUAAUAGCCAAUGAAAUUUUUCAUUUUUUAUAAAAUUGAGUUUUGUAAAUCAAAUUAAAUUUUGGUAAAAGGUUUUUAAAUUAUGACAGCGAGGACAACAUUACAUAAAUUAAAAAAAAAAACCGCCCUGAAAUAUUCACAUUAUACCUUAAAUUAUAUCUUCUCUAAUUAACCAAAUUUGAAUAUACUGUAAAUGGGAGGAGCAUCAGCCCUCCCGCACCCUUCCCCUGAGUACGUUCCUCUCCUGAUAUAUGUUAACCUUUUGUUUUAUAAAUAAUAAUUAAUUGCGCUGUAAGAUUUGGGAGCAAAUAUUAAACAACAGUACAUAGUAAUG